AUGCAGCGUCUCGCCUUCCUCAUCGUCUUCAUGGGGGCGGCAGCUGGCGAGGCCGCGCGCCUCGCCGGCGUCGCGAAGGGGCCCCCCCUGACGCAGCACCAGACGUCACGCCGCGAGCUGCGCCAGUUCGCGGACCUCGCCGGCGCCAUCGUGGGCGGCGCCGUCAGCGGUGCCGUGCGCGGCGGCACAAACGCAAUCCUGGCGCCCCCCAACCGUGGCGCGACAACUGUGGUCCCCACGAGGGGCAGCGGCAGCAGCGGCGGCGGUAGUAGCGGCGGCUGCAGCAGCUGCCGCCCCACCUACACCCUGCGCGUCCGCAUGAACGGCCGCUGCACGCAUAACAUCUGCUUCUGGUACACUGACCGCAACAGCCGCAAUGGUGUGAAUGGUUGCUGGGACAUCAGCAGCUCGUCGUCUAACCUCGUAUACGAGGGCACGCCAGUAUCCUUGGACGAACGGUAUGACGUCCACUACCAGUACGGCGCCGACGCUGACGAGGACUCGACAGUCAUGAAGUUCACACCCAUCAAGACCCCCUGCUGGACCAACUGCAAGGUGCCGUCCGGCUAUGAGGCCACGUUCGACUGCUGA